CACCGUGACAGGUCCGACAACCUCGGCGAUGCUUCGGACUAAGUAGCCCGAGACGUGACGUAACACGUUCACUGCGACCACCACUUCAUCUUAAGCUCAGCCCAGGCUCAGCCACCGCUCGAAACUCUUUUCCAACGACUCAGACAACUCAUACCUAUCGGGAAGUGGAAGACCUAUCUAGUGACCUCUCAGUAUGCGUACCACCCUCCUACGGCUGGCAGAAUCGGUCUCCUCGAGGCCCUUGAAUCUUCGAGAAACUAGUGCAGCACUCUUGCCGCCAACACCACUAUAUAGGCGAAUCCUGCGAGCGCAUCGUUCCCUGCCCCCUGAGAUGCGGUCCCUCGGGGAUGACUAUGUGAAAGCGGAGUUUCGCCGGCACAAGGAGGUUGCGAACAAAGUGCAUAUCAUCGGCUUCCUCUCACAAUGGAAAAUGUAUCUGGACGAGCUACCGUCAGGUCCAGAUGCAGAGCGCUUCUCUGGGAAGAAGCUGGAUCCUACGGUGCUAGAGAAGAUGUCUGCUGAGCAGCUCGGACAGCUCUAUGAGCUGAUGAACGCAACAAGAAAUGUUUACAAUCCUAACGCACCUCCAGACGAAGCGGCAGGGGUAGUACCUCCGAAGUCGUCAUAGGCCUCCCAGUAUGUAGUGUUGUACUUUUACUGUUCGUGACUAUCUAUUAUUGCGUCGCGCGUCGUCUUGAGCACCUGAUCCUCCGUGCAUCGCACACCCCCCCCUCAAUUUUUCCCCUGCAUCUGUCAG